AUUUCUUGGCUGGAUCUUACUGAAAUGGUUAAAAUAUUGCUUAUCAUGCAUAUUAAGUACAUAAAGGUAGUCAAAAUCUCCAAUAAAUAUAGAAAAAUGGGAAAAAUUAAAGAUUACCGGAUGUUGAUAAAGACAUCAGUUGGAUGUCCCUAAAAAAGCGGGUACGGUACGUAAAAGUGCUCUAAACUAUCUCAUGACUAGCUGGAUGUGUAGAAGUAGAACAGAUUAAUGUGUGGAAGUUCAUUAGAUUUCACAAAACGAAAAGUUUAUUUGAGAGAUAAUUUGUGUUUAUUAAAGUUAUUUAAGCCAGUUACACUGAAAUGGCUAAUGUAUUUAUUAUACUACGUGAUCGUGAUGAUAAAAAGUCAUCGGACAUCAAUAAAAGAAGACAAAUUCCACUUCAAAGUCUGUAUGAAUUAAAAGCCUUUUCGUCUAAUGAAUGUGAUAAAAAUUUAAUGAUGGUAAUGGAUUUAGGACAAAAAGGAUUAAUCUUUGAUCGCGAUGUAAUUGAAGGAGAAGCCCUAAUUGAUUUUGAUAAGAAAUACAGGCUUUUGAAACCGUCAGAAAUCAGAAAUUCACUUACAAUAACGACAAGCGAGUUCCAGAAUGUCUUGAGUCAGACAGUUCCAUGUGUUGGAUGUCGAAGAAGUGUUGAGCGAUUAUACACGACAAUAAUGUCGAAUAAUUAUGCGACUUUAGAUCCAAUAAGAAUUAAAAAUGGAACAUUAACUGUAUGCGAUAAGUAUUUACAAUCAUCCCAGCUUAUGUGUACCUUGUUAUAUGAGCAUGAUAUUCAGCUUAAUGAGUUGCUCGAGAAUCAGCCGAGAAAUAAGAAAAAUUCUAGGUGCAAUUUACAUUCACUAGAAUCAUUUAGACCCUUUGCACGUCCAUUCUCAGAGACUUUUUACGAGACAUGGCAGUGUAUGAAAAAGAAUUGUAAGGAGAAGAUUACAGUUGUUGAAGCACUGGAAUUGCAUGCAACAUUAGAUGACUAUUUGAAGAAGCAUAAAUUCUGUCAGGAAUGUCGAACAAAAGUUGAGAAGGCAUUCACAUUAUUAAUGAGUGAAUCAAAUCCAACAAAGAAAGAAAAGGGAUAUGUAUCGGCUAUAUAUAGUGGAAUUAAGAGAUGUCUAAAGGAUAAACAUAUUCAUUUGCCGACAGAAACUGAGUAUAUUGAUGAUUUAAUUAAACGUGCAGAGCCAGAAAUUAUUGGAAGUCAUUCGCGUCAUCGUGAGCGUCAUGCAAAGACAAUGGAAAUAGCCCAAGAAGAAGUUUUAACGUGUAUUGGGAUGUGCAUUUAUAACCGUCUUAAAAAAUUACAGCAAUGUGUCAAGGAAGAAGAAAAUGCUUGUGAGCUUCUCGCCGGUGUUGCUGUUCAUGCAUUGUGCCGUUCGUUUGAUGUGGCUGUUGAAAAUAAGCGCGGUGUUAAUUUAGAAUUCAUUUAUAAUGAAAUUUCACGUGAUGAACAGCGUCCUAAAAAGCGCAAGAUUAAUAAGAAACGCAAGAAGCAGCGGGCUGACAAGAAAUCAAAAGAUGAUCAAGAUUUAUGUAGCUGUGAUCCAGAGCUCGUUGUCGAUAAAUGUGACAGUUCCUCGGACGAAUGUCAUAAUAAUGACUAUGAAGAAAUGAAUUCGGACGAUGAUGAUAAGGACAAAAUAAUUCUAUGCGAUGGAACUAUUAUAGAUGCCGUUGAUUUCAUUUCACCUAUACUAAAUACUAGCAAAAUGUCCUCACUUACGGCUGAAGAUAAUCAUACACACAAUAAUAAUAAUAAUCAUAAUAACAAUAACUCGGAUGAAGAAAAAACGAGCUGUUCUCGAAGUGCUUCUAUUGAAAAUUUAGAGACUAAAAUAGACACAUUAUCAAUGACAUCCUGUCAUUCGUGUCACGACGAUGGGGAAUGUGCUCAGCGAUCAAUCGAUGCCGGAUAUAGUUCAGAAACGCAACACGAAGUCUUAUCAUCAUCCAAUAACAAUUCCUCUAGGACAUCAAGUAUUGCGAGCACACCUGAAGGAAGUGAAGUAGCCUGUUCGCAUUUUUGCUGUCGGGUUGUCAAAGAAAAUGAGAUCGAGAGCUUCUUAACGCUGGAACAGAUGCUUGACGAGAGUUCAGAUCCGACAGAUGAAAAUGAAGUUGAAUGUUUCAUUCCCGAUUCAGAAAUAAUAGCGUGGAAAAUGAAAUUUAAAUCGCGAGACGACAUUAAACAGAAGCGAGAAGAACUUCGGGAAAAACUACUGAAAAAUUUCAAUGAAAUGUGUCUGAAAAAGUUGUCAUCAGCAAAGUAAAAAUGCUCAUCAGUUAUGCAUCCUCUAUAUUACCGGAUAAUACUUUCCAGGAAGUGAAAUUUGCUGAAAAUUUGGAAAUUUUAAAUCGAAAACCACUCAAAUGUUUAGUCAUUUCCGUUAAAACCUUACAACAGUUAAAAUUUUAAAAUACCUUCAAAUGUUUUUUCAAACUCAAAAAAUCCGUUUUAUAAAAAAAACUUUAUAUCCAACAGUAGGAUUCCAUCAUUUUUGAGUCAAUUUCACUUCCUGCUAUUUCCACUUUAAACAAAACUAUUAUAUAAAGUAAAAAGUUCGCGACUGAAGACAUGAAAGUUUUGAAUUUUGUUCCAAUAUCUUUUUCUUUGCCAUAAGCAUUUUAGCUCUAUACAGAAAGUAAAACCUUUUUCGAGAAUCAAAAAGAAAGAAGAAUUAAGAGAGAAUAGGAAACUUUGAAUGAUAUGUUCAACAGCUUAGGAUGUUCUAAAAGUUUUUUCUAGUUUUUUCCUAGACAAAAUGGUAAAUAUAAAAAAUUUGUUGAAAAGUAAAGCAUUAUAUUUGAUUUUUAUGCAUAAAUAAAUAAAUAAGGGCUAAAGUUAAAACAAUAA